AUGACAACCGACGAGAUCAACCCAUAUGGCAAACUUGUCGCUCAGAAGCGUACCGACGAGAUCAACCCAUAUGGCAAACUUGUCGCUCAGGAGCGUACCGCCAAGACGAAAGAUUUGUUCCAUUUUCGCUUCUGGCUGUACGCCCCGGCCGUGUUUUGUCGCCUGCAUUGGUUGUCGAGCGGUUAG